UAAAUAUGAGUCCAAUUAAUUUAUUCUUAUCCAUUUUAUUUCCACAGCUAAUUUGCAAUGCCUGCCAAUAAACCUUAUGAACGCCCAAAGGAUUUCAUUGAUCCUGGUUUGCCAUCGAAAUGCACUUGGCAUUUGGGCACAAAGGAAAAGACGCCACAUACCCAACGACCUAUCGCUCACCGUCAGAAACUGACGCCAAAUAUUUUAGAGGUUAUUGGCUGCACACCACUGGUCAAACUGAAUGCGAUACCCAAAGCGGAGGGUAUCAAAUGUGAAAUGUAUGCCAAGUGCGAGUUCCUAAACCCUGGUGGUUCGGUUAAAGACCGCAUUGGCUAUCGCAUGGUUCAAGAUGCCGAGGAAAAAGGCUUACUCAAACCCGGCUGCACAAUCAUCGAACCAACUUCGGGCAAUACAGGUAUUGGCAUUGCCAUGGCAUCCGCUGUGAAGGGUUACAAUUGUGUAAUCGUGAUGCCGGAGAAAAUGUCUAAUGAGAAAGUAUCUGCACUACGUGCCUUAGGCGCCAAAAUCAUACGCACACCAACCGAAGCGCCAUACGAUAGUCCUGAAGGCCUAAUAUGUGUGGCGCAACGUCUGCAAAAGGAAUUACCAAAUGCUAUUGUUUUGGAUCAGUACCGUAAUGCUGGCAACCCACUCGCGCACUAUGAUGGCACUGGCGCCGAAAUAUUGUGGCAGACAGAUAACAAAGUAGAUGUGGUAGUCGUAUGCGCAGGCACCUGCGGCACAGUCACCGGCAUUGGUCGCAAAAUCAAGGAGGUAUUGCCCAACUGCAAAGUGAUUGGCGUCGAUCCUUACGGUUCGGCAUUGGCGCGUCCUCAAGCACUCAAUAAGACGAAUGUGAACUUUUAUGAAGUUGAGGGUAUUGGUUAUGAUUUCACGCCUACUGUUAAUGACUACGACGUUGUGGAUUCAUGGUUAAAAGUGGAUGAUAAACAGAGCUUUACGAUGGCGAAGCGUUUGAAUGCCGAAGAGGCGUUGCUAUGCGGGGGUUCGGGUGGUUCCGCCAUGUAUGCCGCGUUGCAGGUCGCCAAGGAAUUGAAGGAGGGACAACGUUGUGUAGUUAUUCUGCCCGAUGGUAUACGAAAUUAUAUGACGAAAUUUGUAUCGAAUAAUUGGAUGGAGGCGCGUGACCUCAAACCGGUGGUGAACGAACACAAUCACUGGUGGUGGGAUACGCCGGUGAGUGCGUUGAACAUGAAGGUACCUGUGGUGCUUAAAUCGGAUGUGAGCUUUACCAAGGCGAUUGAGGCUCUGAACGAGCACAAUGUUGAACAAUUGGCGCUCGUCGAUGCCGAGGAUGGCGCACUUUUGGGCGCCUUACUUCAAGAAACCCUACUCAGUCAGAUCGUGAGCAUGAAUCGCCAACAAGACGAGCCUGCCAUCAAGGCAGUGAACAAACGUGUAAUACGUUUGCCUUCCACUGCUAUAUUGGGUAAAUUGGCGCGCAUUCUAGAAAUUGAUCCCUGCGUGUUAAUUGUGGACAAUGAAGGUGAUGAAGAGGUCAUCAAAGGACUUGCCACCAAAUUAGACGUGCUAGCUUACAUUGCUAAGGGUUCUGUUCACACCAAUGGCACAAAUGGGCAAUAAAAUCGUUGGGACAUGCCUCCAUACUUAAAACUAAUAUUUAAUCCGUUCCGACAGAUGGUUGGAGCUAAUUCAAUGACGUUAGCGCUACUUAAGUCAGAUGUUCCUGCAGGGGAUUAAUUUCCGAACUGUCAGCACUUUUGCUUUUCAAGAUUGGCUAAAGCCAACAAACUCAGCGUAGGCCAUGUAUUCGAAUCGAUAGACAUUAAAUUAAUGAAAAAUAAUUUAGAAAAUGAAAUUUUAUACAUAAUAAAAACUUUUAAGCGGCAUUUGAUAAAUUAACUGUUACUUAAGUUUAUCCAAAUGAUAAAUUAGCUGUUACUUAAGUUGAUCUUAUAUUAAAAAAAACCUUUUUCGUUCCGAAAAUAAGACUAAAAUAAAA